AUGGACUCUGACGACGAAGACUACCAUCUAGAUCAACUCUUCACGAUGCAACACGAUUACAAAGCAGACCUGACUGGGGCUAUCUCCUCAAUCCGCAGAAGUGGGAAAUACAGCGACUUGACGAUCUUGUGUGGCGAAAAAUCCUUCCCGGUUCACAAGGCGAUUGUGUGUUCGCAAUCAGGCUUUUUUGAUAAAGCGUGUGGCUCGGGAUUCUCUGAAUCGUUCUCCGGCAAGGUCGAGCUUCAGGAUCAUCAGCUGGUAGUUCAGGCGAUGGUCGAUUACCUCUACACUGGUCAUUACCAGCCCUCUCGGUUUGGCGACUAUCCACCCUCGGCUCUGCCUCAUAACGCGGGGGAGCUAGACGCCCAAGAACGGUUUUGGCACCAGGAUGUCUGGAUGGAUAUCAAUCUCUACGUCCUCGCAGACCGUCUCCUGAUUGGAGGGCUGAAGCAGCUGUCCCAGAGAAACUUCAAGGCCAAUAUGCAGUGCCUGCCAUCUGCUAACGCAUCCAAAUCUGAUAGAUUAUACCAUAUCGUCUCGCUGAUUUACGAACCAGCUCUCUCCCCCGACGUCGCUUUGCGAGAUGUGGUGGCUAACGUGGUUGUUGAUGAGCUCAGGAGCUAUCAUGGUGCAGUGCUUAAUAAAUUGAUGGAGAAGAUGCCCAAGUUCAUGUACGACUUCACGGUCAAGUUGGUGAAGCAGCAUGUUGACCUUACUAUCACUGGUAAUGCUUCUGGAUGGUCUAUUAGUCCGAACGAUUGGUAUUAG